GGCUGGCUAGCGGGCUUAGCGGCUCUGCGCGGGGCGAGUGGGUGGGGGACCCAAGUGCCCCCAUCUUUGGCAGGUGCUUCCAAGCAGUGGAAGGCGGGCAAGCGGGAGCCAUGCAGUCAGAAUCUGGGAUAGUGGCGGAUUUCGAAGUCGGGGAGGAGUUUCACGAAGAACCCAAAACCUAUUACGAACUCAAAAGUCAACCUCUGAAGAGCAGCAGUUCGGCAGAGCAUCCUGGGGCCUCCAAGCCUCCGUUAAGCUCCUCCAGUAUGACAUCACGCAUCUUGCUACGCCAGCAACUCAUGCGUGAGCAGAUGCAGGAGCAGGAGCGCAGGGAACAGCAGCAGAAGCUGCAAGCAGCCCAGUUCAUGCAACAGAGAGUGCCCGUGAGCCAGACACCAGCCAUAAACGUCAGCGUGCCCACCACCCUUCCCUCUGCCACCCAGGUGCCGAUGGAAGUCCUCAAGGUGCAGACCCACCUGGAAAACCCCACCAAGUACCACAUACAGCAAGCCCAGAGGCACCAGGUAAAGCAGUACCUUUCUACCACGUUAGCAAAUAAACAUGCCAGCCAAGUCCUGAGCUCACCAUGUCCAAACCAGCCUGGCGACCAUGCCAUGCCACCAGUGCCGGGGAGCAGCGCACCCAACAGCCCCAUGGCUAUGCUCACUCUUAACUCCAACUGUGAAAAAGAGGCGUUUUAUAAGUUUGAAGAGCAGAGCAGGGCAGAGAGUGAGUGCCCAGGUAUGAACACGCACUCUCGAGCGUCGUGCAUGCAGAUGGAUGAUGUAAUCGAUGAUAUCAUCAGCCUGGAAUCAAGUUACAAUGAAGAAAUCUUGGGCUUGAUGGAUCCAGCCUUGCAAAUGGCAAACACGUUACCUGUUUCCGGAAACUUGAUUGACCUAUACAGCAACCAGGGCCUGCCACCCCCGGGCCUCACCAUCAGCAACUCUUGUCCAGCCAACCUUCCUAACAUAAAAAGGGAGCUUACAGCGUGUAUUUUCCCCACAGAGUCUGAAGCAAGAGCACUGGCCAAAGAGCGGCAAAAAAAGGACAAUCACAACUUGAUUGAACGAAGAAGAAGAUUUAACAUAAAUGACCGCAUUAAAGAACUAGGUACUUUGAUUCCCAAGUCAAAUGAUCCGGACAUGCGGUGGAACAAGGGAACCAUUCUAAAGGCCUCCGUGGACUACAUCCGAAAGUUGCAGCGAGAGCAGCAACGUGCCAAGGACCUUGAGAACCGGCAGAAGAAGCUGGAACAUGCUAACCGGCAUCUGCUGCUCCGAGUCCAGGAGCUUGAGAUGCAGGCUAGAGCGCACGGACUUUCCCUUAUCCCAUCUACCGGUCUCUGCUCACCUGAUCUGGUGAACCGGAUCAUCAAGCAAGAACCGGUUCUUGAGAACUGCAGCCAGGAACUUGUGCAACACCAGACAGACCUGACAUGUACAACGACCCUGGAUCUCACGGACGGUACCAUCACCUUCACCAAUAACCUCGGCACUGUGCCGGAGAGCAGCCCGGCCUAUAGCAUCCCCAGGAAGAUGGGCUCCAACUUGGAAGACAUCCUGAUGGACGAUGCCCUCUCGCCCGUUGGUGUCACUGACCCGCUGCUGUCAUCAGUGUCCCCAGGAGCUUCUAAAACAAGUAGCCGGAGGAGCAGUAUGAGCGCAGAAGAAACAGAGCAUGCGUGUUAGCCAGCCCGCCUUGCUCUGCCCCUGCGCAAACUGCUUCCUCUUUUCUUCAGUAGACUUCAUCAUUUACCUGAAGAGGUUUUCUUGAUAAUUUUCCUUUAAUAUGAAUUUUUCGUGCUUUAUCAGUAGCCCAGGAUAUAUUUGAUUUUUAGAAUUUUGUGAGCCAGACUUGUAUAUUCUAUUUUACAACUACAAAGGCCUCCAAAGUAUUGUACCAUCAGCGUGCAGUAUCUGUGAACUGAUUUCUCGAAGUGUGAGCUUUCUGAGCAAGGGGACAUUUGCUUCAGAGAAGUGUCUGUCCGUUUUCAUUCAGGGGAAAACUAAGCUUGCUAUAAGCUUUGUCUGUCUGUGACCUCCUUGGAAAUUAACAUGUAAAGUGUAAUUACACGAAUGUAAAGCAACCAAAAGAAGAGAACGAAGAUGAUGACGAAGAGAAAAGUGGAAAAGACAUCCAAGCCUUUCCCACGUUUAUGAAUGCAUUGAUUCCCUGGUCCUGCCUUAAAGACACAGGGCCGCCCCCCCCAGCAUCAGUUAGUCUUUGUACUGAAAACUACUUAAAAGAAGAAUACAUUACAUAAGACAAAUAUAUCCGUCAUUUUCAUGAGGAUUGUCUGGUUAGAAAAUGUAACUUAUGCUAAACCAAAACUGAAGGAGUUACUAGACCAAGGCAUGAAACGUAGGAUCUGACCUUCUGGCUUUUAUUGGGCGCAGUUACAGUUUUCCUCAUAAUAAGUAUGAUUCAAUUUUUCAUAAGAUGUGUUUUAUUUUGAAGCAGAAAUGAAUGUCUUCUCUGGGUAAAAUAUCGAGGAGCACCAGAAGUUUGCCUCCUUUUUUUGUUUUUUUGUUGUUUUUUUUUUCUUUUCUUUUUUUUACAUUUUUGCUUUUGAUAAAGAUAACUGAACUGGGCGCAUUUCUAAUUGGCUUUACUAUUUUUAUUUUUAAAUUAUGUUUUAAUCAUUUUGAUUGUAUAGAUUCUUUAUUACCAUCAUUUUUUUCAAUGUUUGUAUUACUUUGUAAGAAUAUGCAUCUUGAAAUGGUGAGUCUUCAAUAUUUUUACAACUCACUGGUGGUUCUCCGUGUUCUUUGUACACCCACGAAAGACUACUUUUACGCAAGGUCUUGUGUUCAAAGAGAGCUUUGCAAACAUUUUGUAUAUUCCAGUAUCACUUGAAACUGUUUUUGAACACAUUUAAGAUAUAGUAUUAAUAGGUUAAAAACCAGGCUUUCUAGAAAAAAAUACUUACAUAUGCAUUUCUAGGAAUAUGAAAAUAACUAUAUUCUUGAAGACUGAUAACCACAGCAUUUACUAUGCCCACGAUGGUCACUUAAAUUGGGAUUUAUUUCAGUCAACUGGCUGGCUUCUUAAAGAGGGAAAUACUGUAUUGGCAAAUUACUUGAUAACAAUGUUUUAACAAAGCGGCAACAUUGUAAAGUUAGUUUUGUGAUUUCCUACUUGCGUAGCCCUAUGCAAUAACUGUAGCGUUACAUGUAUCCCGUCUAUAUGUUUUAUACAGAUGAUAUAUUGCGUUACACGCCAGGCUGUUGAAUGGGAUUUCUCGGUAGCAGCCUACGAUUGAGUAGUGAGUGGCAUAAAGCAUAUCCUUCAGAAUGAAGUGCCUUAAAUAUCUCAGCAGUCUCUUCUGGACCAGCACUGACUGAACUGUAAAGAGAAGGUUUCACGAUGGUAUCCGGAGCGAGGAGAGAAGUAGCGCGGUGCCUCUGCAGACAUUCUUAGAGCUUCCAAUUUCCCUUUAGAUAUUUUUAAUAUGAAAUAUAUUUUACUGACAGUGCCAAAUUCUUUCAUCAGGAAAAGCCUUUUUCAGGAGGGAUUUUUUUUUUAAAGUGUUUAAACGUCAAAUGUGAAUUGGUGGUGGGUGAUGGGGGGAUCCAAGAGGAUUGUCAGAUGUAUGAAUGGAUGGCUUUGGUGAGAAUUGUCAUGUGUGCGGUUCCCAUGCAUGUUGGGUAAGAAACACUGACGAUGCUAUUCAGCCUUGUAGCUUUAUGACUUAAGGGGGUAGGGAAAAUAAGUUCCCGUUCUUUCGACCUCCUUAAGUGCGUGACUCUUUUCCUAGAAUAGAAGUGCAAAUGUGCAUGAACAGAUAACUGUACCAUAGUGUUCACCGAUACAACCAUAGCAUUGUUUGCCUCUUCGCAUUUGUGGUGGGUGGCGGGAGAGGGCUGGACGUGGAAACUGAAGAUCGCAAUGCUAUGAUGCUAGUUUUUCUUAGUUGAUUCUGACAAUAUUGUUUCAAGCAAUGUUUCACAAGAUUGAGUAACCCAUGGCUGAGUGAGUUUGACCAAGGCAGAGCGACUUUCUAGAAAGUUUGUUGGGAGAAAGUAUGGCACAUUCCACUGCUACCCAGAUUUGUAGCCCCUGGGCUUGCCAUUGCCAGCUUCCUAGUGCCUUCCUCGUAAGACACAGCGGCUGGGAGAGGCAGGUGAGCAAUUCAGAGGCUGCAACAUGGGGGUGGUUUUAUUUAUUUCUUUUGUGCCAGCGAGAAUGUGGAUUCUUUCAGGGACUGCUUAAGCCAAGAGGCAGUAUUUUUGCUCACUGUUUUUAAGGAAAGAUCCAUGCCACUCCCCCACCCCUGGGUGCAGAAUUGUAACUCAGGGUUGUACCUCUGUUUGGAGUGCUCAAAAUACCAAAAUUAUCCACCUUCCUCUGGGUAACAUAAUGGAAAUACCAAACCUUCUGACUUUGCCAAAAAAAAAGAAAAAAAAGAAAAAAGAAAAAAAAAGAAAAAGAAAAGGAAAAAAAAAGUUUCGCAACCAAUCUUGUCAGACCCAGGUCAUGACACAGCUCAGUCCGGUUGUUUGUAUACGAUAAAGCAAUAAGAACAAACGAAAUACACAAGACAUUAAAGAUACAAAGCACAAAGGAAUGCACUUAUUCAUAUUUUUGAAAAAUGCACUGGGGAGAAGUUGAUGUCGAUAACAGUAUGAAACAGAAGCCGACUUCUUGACAAAGACAACAAGUGACUGUGUCUUGCGGACACUUGCUGCUGUAAUGUCAAUAGCAGCCCCCGCCGUGGGGCACAGCAAUUCUUUCUGUACGGUCCACAGCACUGUAUAUUAUGAUUGAGAUUAAUGUAUCCAAUGAAAUAAUUGAACUGUUGUUCUUCAUAGCUUCAUUAAAGCAUUUGGUUU